GGGACCUGGACAUUGGGCAGCGAGAGAGCCUGGGGCCCCAGGGAGGGGGGUUUCAGCAGGACAAGCCUGUGUUCUGGGCGAUGGGCGUGCAGGAACAUGAGUGACCGAGGAUGGACACGGGCCUGAGUGCGUGUGUCAGCGUGCUUGGAGGCGAGGGAUGGAUUCCUGUGUCAACCCCAGGGGCCCUGCGAGCACCUUUAGGCGGGUGCAUACUGGCGUGUGUGCCCGGGCAGCCAUCGGAAGACCUAGUUCCCUAUGACACGGAUCUCUACCAGCGCCAAACGCACGAGUAUUACCCCUAUCUCAGCAGUGAUGGAGAAAGCCACAGCGGCAGAGAGGCUACGGAACCUGUAGGAGGAGGCACAGCUGGCCGGUGGGACCCAGCUCUGUCCGCUCCAGACCAUUACUGGGACUUCCACCCGCACCACGUGCAUAGCGAGUUCGAGAGCUUCGCGGAGAACCACUUCACGGAGCUGCAGAGCGUCCAGCCCCCGCAGCUGCAGCAGCUCUACCGCCACAUGGAGCUGGAGCAGAUGCACGUGCUCGACACCCCCAUGGCUCCUCCCCACGCCAGCCUCGGUCCCCACCAGGUCUCCUACAUGCCCCGGAUGUGCCUGCCGUACCCCUCGCUGUCCCCCGCCCGGCCCAGCUCGGAUGAAGAGGAGGGGGAGCGGCAGAGCCCCCCGCUGGAGGUGUCCGAUGGGGAGGCCGACGGCCUGGAGCCAGGGUCUGGCCUCCUGCACGGGGAGACAGGCAGCAAGAAGAAGAUCCGCCUGUACCAGUUCCUGCUGGACCUGCUGCGCAGCGGCGACAUGAAGGACAGCAUCUGGUGGGUGGACAAGGACAAGGGCACGUUCCAGUUCUCGUCCAAGCACAAGGAGGCGCUGGCGCACCGCUGGGGCAUCCAGAAGGGCAACCGCAAGAAGAUGACCUACCAGAAGAUGGCCCGAGCGCUGCGCAACUACGGCAAGACGGGCGAGGUCAAGAAGGUCAAGAAGAAGCUCACCUACCAGUUCAGCGGGGAGGUGCUGGGCCGCGGGGGCCUGGCCGAGCGGCGCCACCCGCCCCACUGAGCCCAGGCCUGAGCGCACCGGGCCCGCCAGGCCGCCCCGUUGGCCAUAGCAUUAACCCCUUCGCCCGGGCGGCCGGACACAGGAGGGAAGCUCCCAGGGGCAGGACUGUGGCAGGCCAGGCCUCGCCUCCCCGCCCACCCCCUCCUCCUCCAAGCCCCCUGCCCGCCCCACACCCCUUGCUUCGCCUCCCACCAGGGCGCCAGCCCGGCUCCGGAAGGCCAUCUGGGCGUCUGGCCCCCCGCGAAGGGUCAGCUUGCUUAGUACUGGGCGAACGGCCUUGGGAGUUGGAAGCCGUCAUUAUUUGUGUAUAUUGAACCCCCUUUUUUUUCAGUGGCCCUCUCUCCCCACACCUCUCCCCCCAUCAGCAUUCUCAAGAAACCCAUUUACCUAAAGUUAUUCUCAGUUUUCUUCAGCCCGGAAAUGCUGUUUUUAAAUCUUUUGUGCACCUUGUCUGACGCACCCCAACCCCGACAUCUGAUCUGCCUUCUCGUUUGUCCAUUGAGCGUUUACUAAGGAUCCUCGCCAGUGCUGGACCUGCAGACCUCGGGAUGGUUGACACUUUGUCUAGUUGUCCAGUUUGUGCAGACAGUUGAUAUUGCCUGACCUCCUGUCAUGAUCCACGGAGGGAACGAAUUCUCAGUUGUUCUUAAAGAAAUAAAUCAUUAAAAAGCU